GCGGCGGCCCGGGCGCCAGCGAGCGAGCGAGCGAGCGAAGGGAGUGAGAGAGCUACAGAGAGAGAGAGAGAGGAGAGAGAGGCAAGCGCGGCGAGCACCGACAGGAGGCGAGCACCAGCAUGGCGGGGCUCCGACGCCCGCAGCCCAGCGGCUGCUGCCGCACCGCCGCGGCCGUGAACCUCCUGCUGGGCGUCUUCCAGGUCCUGCUGCCCUGCUGUCGCCCGGGAGGGGCUCAGGGACAAGCGAUUGAGCCCUUGCCGAACGUGGUGGAGCUGUGGCAAGCAGAAGAAGGGGAACUCCUGCUGCCCACUCAGGGUGAUUCUGAAGAGGAUGUGGAGGAGCCUUCUCAAGAACAGAGAUUGGGGAUGGCUUUGGGGAGGAAGACCAUGUAGGCACGUUACCAUUGUCAUCUGUCAUAUGAAUGGUAUGUUCUGCAGCGUGACUUCUCACUUGGAUAUUGGCCUCAAUCAGCGGGCAAGGUACUAUCUGUCAGGUUUCUCCAUGGUAAGAUUUCUUUACUUUCUACCUCUUUCAUACUGCACUCUUUGAAAUUAAAUCAUUAAGUGAAUUAAGCUGCAGCAACACAGAUUGUUUGAAAUUUUUCUGGUGUGGGAGAUUUGUCUGUUCUUACUUAUUCAUUCAGUCAUUUAUUUGUAUUAGUUUGGGCCGGUGAAUAUUCAUACUUUGAGUUAUAAUCCUGUACUUAGUUUGUCCUGCUAUGUCUAUCCUUAAUCUUAUUUAUGACCUUUUUUUUCCCGGUACCGGGGCUUGAACUUGGGGCCUAUACCUUGAGCCACUCCACCAGCCCUUUUUUGUGUUGGGUAUUUUUCAAGAUAGGGUCUCUUGAACUGUUUGCCCAAGCUGGCCAGCAAUCCUCCUGAUCUUUGCCUCCUGAGUAGCUAGGAUUACAGGCAUGAGCCACCAGUGACCAGCUUAUUUAUGAACAUAUUAAUAUCUCCUUAAACCUACUUAAAAAGCUUUUUGUGAUUUUAAUUCUAAGAACUACCCCACAAUGCCAACUUUAAUGAUAGGUGCUCUUGAAGUCAAUGGAGCCGCCAUCUAUCAGUUGAACAAAACAAAUACCUCGUCACGAACUCAUGGAGAAGCCAUUGCUAACUUGGAACAAGGGAGAUAAAUUGGACUAUGAAAUAGUCUCCAUGUGUUCCCCCAAAAGCACAGGUGGCACUGCCGCCUAUCACUAGCGAGAAUCUAGAUGGUGAAGGAGUGUCGGUGUUUCACCCCCAGGACUGACUGCCUGAGGUGGGGCGGACCCAGACCACUGCUGAUCUGGGUGGAGGCCCCUAGAGUGGCUUGCCUGUUACCUCAGACACAGUUGGGGAAGCUUUUUGGGUAAUUGGCCUCAUUGAAGAUAUUGUUUAUAUUAUCUUGACUUCAUCUGCAGAUGCUCUGUAAUUGUAUUUGGUUGUAAGCCAGGAAAGCAUUAUUUGAAAACUUUCUUUCCUCUUUCCUCUCCAUCCCCCCUUUCUCCUGGGUGUUCUCAGAUAUCAGCAGUAAUCUACACUGCUGAAAGAGAAAGAUUACUGUUGGGGACUCAGUGCUGAGAGCUGACUUCAACUCUUACGAGGACCGAUGCACUCUGGGAAGCUUGUCUGGCUCUCUGAACACAUCUCUGACAAGCCUUUUUGGAGGGGAUAGUAAUUGUUAGAAUGUGAAAAGUUAAGCAUUGGCAGAGUAUGAAUAUAAUAUUAUUUCAGAUUUUAAAAUGGUUAUAAAAACCACAAGUUAGUGUCUGUAGAAGGUUCCUUGGUGGUCUUGCUGUUUUUGCCAUUUGCUGGCUAGGACUAGAACCCGGGCCUUAUGCAUACUAGGCAAGUGCUUUACUACUAGUGACCCCUCCCCUCACCACCAAACAUAUAUUUUUCCUUUUUAUGGGGUUUGAACUCAGGGAUUCAUGUUUGCAAAGCAGG